AUGGUGCAGUCCAUAUCGCGCUCGCUGCCAACUCCGGCAGCGAGACCGCCGCCCCCUCAUUACCAGACGAUACUUACACCUCUGCUACAUCGGAGGUUUGCACACGCCUGCUUGAUUUCACUCGGCUUUUGCUACCUGGAAGCAAUCAUCAUAAGCGAUAAAUCGAACUUUUUUUGGGUGCUGUUCCCGAUAAGCAUGACCGGGCUGAAAUGCUUUGUGCUGUUUUUCCUGUCGGCUAUGCCACUCUUGAUCUUGAGGAUCGCGCAGCUACACGUUGUCAAAAGAGCGCACUCAUCCCCGUUUCAUGCCUUCCAGAGAGCGAUCGGAUCUUUUGCGACUUACUCGGCAAUCUUUACCUACGUGUUGUCUUCGGUGGUAUUCAUGACGCUGUACUUGUUGUCUUGCGGCCCCGAAGACCAGCUCGGUGUUGUGGUUGAGGGAAGGAGCUACGAACGGCCAAGGCUGAAUGAGAGGUUCCUUUAUCUGGUGUUCUUCUCCGUUUUCAUCGGUGUCUUCCGCGGUUGCGCACAUGUCUACUACGACAGGGCGAGAUUGGUAUUCCCCGAGGUUCCGUAUGCCUCCUACAAGGACGCCGGUGCGGCUCAGAUCCCUACUGUGGCGUGGAAUGUGGGAUACUAUGUGUCUUUCUUUUCUAUCUUCGGUCCUCUCGUGUACUUUCCGUUCCGAUAUAUCCUUUGGUCCCACACAUUGGCGUUUGCGAGACACUUUUACUGGUUGAACCGCUCGGCUGCGCUCCCCUCGUUUCCGGUUGGACCUACGCUCUUCAUUCGGUCUUGUUUCCUCGCGCUCAUGAUCGUUUUAUCGUCUGAAGUCUCCCAUGCUGCUUUUAACGCCUUCUUUACCGAGGAUCCGUUCCAGGGCGGCAAGACGAUCACCGACAAAUCGAGCGAUCCUAAUGGAACUCUCAUUACUGGGCUCCGUACUGCCAAGGCCCCAUUGACACAGGUGCGUAUCUAUUCUCGCUUCCGAAGGAACUGCGAAUGGCUAACCGUGAGCACAGCCGAUGGCCUUCGCGGAAUUGAACCACAUUGCCCACAACCGUCCCGACCGCCGACGCGCCAUCUUCGCCGAUGUCGACCGCAAGCCAUCAUCAUGGGAACACAUCCUUAA